AAUAAAGAUGAUUCCUGGUAGACAAGGUAAAACUCGAAUAGGAGUAAACCAAAAUAAGAUCAUAAACGCUCAUGUACAAGUAGAAUGCAAAGAUGAGCUAGAUGCCUCAUAUCCUCAGAAUCCUGUCAUGCGUUUACAACAAAAAUAACAAUCCCAGAAUUCAUAUUUAUACUCCAAAGAACAAAAAUAUUCAAUGAAAUUCACCAACAGUUAAGAAAAAGCUAAGAAAAGGAAAUACAACACCUUUCAAUGCCCCAAAAUAUCAAGCGAAUGCUAGACUUUCUCAGAACAAAAAGAUGGGCACUUUACCAAUAAAAUCCUCUCAGAUCACAAAUUCAUAAAGACAAAGGAUGACUCAACCUGAAAAUUACAAGAAGAACACUUUAGCCUCUAUAUACAGGAAGCACACUAAAAACACCUUCGAACAAGAAAGUAAUUACAACAGAGGACUCGUCACAGGUUUCAAGUUAGUAAAUAACAAGAGGGCAAAACCAAGCGUUUACUUAAAAAGCCAAGCUCAUAAAUCGAAUUCAUCAGUGUCUCGUAGGAAAUAAGUGCCUCUCAUUUGAAAAUGUUGGCAUGAAGCCUACUAACCACUGUAAAAUUCCUCGAAAAGGAAGGUACAACAACAUAACGAAAUUCAACCAAAAGCAAAAGCUUAAAUAAAGCUCAAUAUUUCGAAAAUAUGAAAGUGAUGCACUAUAAACACUUCGUUGAGUCAUUCAACAGAGAUGUAAAGGGCACCCAAGUUGAUAUGGAAGAUAACGAAUCUGAAGAAAUCCUUCUCCAACAUAUUUUCUCAAGCACCAGGAAGAUAGCAAAUACACCCUCAGAAUAUGGCAAAGGGUUCUCUAGGCUCGGAAAGUUAUACAAUAUUCCAAUAGAAACAAAUACUUUAAACCCAGGGGUGAAGACUUCUUCGAAUACUCUGGUAGCUACCUCUUUAGUGAACUCACCAAAAACUACAAUCAAGGAUGAUAGUAUCCAGAACCUCAAAUCAUCGAAGAAAAAUUAUAAAAGAUUGAAGAAAAGCCUAAAAAGGCAUAACAGGCCUAGAACCGUAACCAAGACUACCAACAGGAGAAAAGAGAGACUAGACACCAUUCAUGAAAAUCUUGAGGUAACAAAAUAAGGAAGAGGAGCUUCAUAAGAAACUUAAAGAUAUUGAUAUCGACACAAUCAAAGCAUUUACAGGUCAAAGCGAUGGAGUCAAGAAUGGUUUCAGUUUCAAAGAUUCUAUGAGAGAGCUAGAUUCUUUGCUAACUGGAAAGCUUCAAAGGAAGAGCUUAGACUUUUGUGAUAAAAAUCCUCCAAAAAGCCCUAAAACUCCUCAAAAUGAUGCAAAAAAUGCCAGAAAAGUAACAAAAAUCUCUGAAUUCAGUCCUCUGAUCUCUUUAAAACAUCAAGAUAUCUAUAGCCCGCACCUACGGGUAGAAAUAGAGAGAAGAGUAGUUGAUCUAUCACAAAAUUAUCGUGAAACAAAUGCUUCAUCUCUUAAGCAUUGUUAUCCUAAUCUUCAGUUAAUCCUUGAUAUGUACUCUCCUCAGAUAGAUGGGAAGACUGGAACUCAAAAACCUGAGAACUUAAGAGAUUUUGUUCUCUCGAAUUCUAAACUAAGACACAAAACAAAGCAAGAGAGAGAAGGCAAACAAGACCUAGAUAGCUCUAAGAAAAGCUACCAUACUCAUCGAGUUUCCAAGGGAAAUGCUUUCAAAGCAUUUUCCGAAAAGAUUAAAGACUUGGACCAUGCUCUUAGUCAAAAGCACGGAAGGAAAAUUUCUCCAAAUCCUAGUCAUUUAGGAAAUAUAAAAAGUAUCAGCAAUAUUCAAAAUCAGAGAUCCAAACUCUACCACUCAAAAAUAUGCUCAGAGAAUCCUAGUAUGAAGAGUACGAGUGCUUCUCUUCAUUGGAGAAGCAGGCCAUUUUCAGCAAUAAAUAGAUAA